GAUUGCCAUCCCUACUCCUCGUCCAUCUUUUCAUAUAUAGAACUCUCCAGAAGCUUUAAUCUUGUAGUAUCUUCAGCUUUCUUCAAGAACCCUAGAUCUUCACUGCCUCAAGCUUCAGCUCCAGUGAUUACUACUUUACUGACAUGGCUAUCACAUUUUACAACCUUAGCUCUGAGGAUGGCAUUAAGAAGCUUGAUGAGUAUCUGUUGUCAAGAAGUUACAUUUCUGGAUAUCAGGCUUCCAAGGAUGACCUUGCUGUUCAUGCGGCUCUUGCAAAGCCACCAUCAUCUAAAUAUGUGAAUGUUUCACGGUGGUACAAUCACAUUGAGGCUCUUUUAAGGAUUUCCGGUGUGUCUGCGGAAGGUUGUGGCGUAACUGUAGAGGGGUCUGCCGUUGCAACUCCUCCAGCUGCUGACACUAAGGCUGCUGCUGCAGCAGAGGAUGAUGAUGAUGACGAUGUUGAUUUGUUUGGUGAGGAGACUGAAGAGGAAAAGAAGGCCGCUGAAGAACGCGCAGCAGCUGUCAAGGCAUCUGGAAAGAAGAAAGAAUCUGGUAAGUCAUCCGUCUUGUUGGAUAUAAAACCAUGGGAUGAUGAAACUGACAUGAAGAAGCUUGAGGAAGCUGUUAGAAGUGUCAAGUUGGAUGGCUUGCUUUGGGGAGCAUCCAAGCUUGUACCUGUUGGAUAUGGUAUAAAGAAGCUGCAAAUUAUGAUGACCAUCGUAGAUGACUUGGUGUCUGUUGACGAUCUUGUUGAGGACUACCUUACUGCCGAGCCAGCGAAUGAGUACAUCCAGAGCUGUGAUAUCGUGGCGUUUAAUAAAAUAUAAAUUAAAUUUCAAGUUUGUCUGGGAAAGGGUGCUUGAAGUUUGUGGAAGCAGCAAAGAUUCUCAUGCAUGAUAUUCAAUAUAUAUGUGUUCUCAUGUUAGUCUCCAGGAUGCUGCAUAGUUUUGUAAUGACAUUUUCAUUUGCAGAUUGAAACAAAUAAAUGGUGAAGACUUGUACUUUA